AACACAAAGAAACUCAACCUUCAGGAAGGAAAACAAUACCCCAAUUGAUCAGGAUCAAAGGGAAACGACAACACAAUCAAGAUGAAGUUCUCAGCACUCACCUUCAUCACCUUGGCCGCCUCUUCGGUCUACGGUUCGGUCAUUGACCCUGCCGCUCACGAGGAUACUUUCGUCAACCUCGAGACUCGUGCUACUUGCUGGAAGUCGGAUAUGCAAGCUGUCAAGGACCGCAUCAACCACUACAACGUAUUCUGCCAGAUGUACAACGCCCAACCUCGCGACUCAUCUCCUCUGCCUACUUUGACUGCCGCCAAGUUGACUGGAGCAUGCUCAUGUCUCCUGGCCCAAUGGAACAAGCAAGCCAACCCCACCUCGGUCCCCUCAACAGCAGCAAACACCUGCGCCGCCUCAGACAUCAACCUGAUCAAGAAUGAAGCACCCAAGAACUUCCAAUCCUACUGCACAUGGUGGGGCUUGAUUCCUCGCACACGCUCUGCCAUCCCUGGAGUCAGCGCAUCCCAAAUCACAAAAUCUUGCAAGUGUCUGCUCGCUUCCACCGGCAACACGGCAUCCACCGCCGUCAAAGCCACCAGCACAAAGACCACUUCCACCGCCAAAGCCACUUCCACAGCCGCCGCUUGCAAGAAGCGCAGAAAGGUCCGCAGAACCGUCACCGUCGAGGUCCCCGCCGAGGCCACCCCUUCUGUUUAAGAAGAUGAUCUUUCUUCUUCCUUUCCUCUUUUUUUCCCCUUCUAUCCCGCUCGUUUAUUCCAUGAUACUUCGACAACUGAGCGGUAUAGAAAGGAAGCAAUUUUCUUUGUGGAGAUAAAAAAAACUUAACCCGGGG